AUUAAAAAUAAAUGUCAUCAUUCAGUAUUUGAAAAACUUGACUUUCAUUUCAAUAAUUUACACAGUAUAGCAUGGAAAAUUUUUUAUAUAAACCAAUUAUACCAAACUCAAAACUCAUCCAUUGGCCAAACGAAGCUGAAUUAUUAUUUUUAGUCAUAUGGCGGUUCUUCAAUCUUUUAUUUUGUCCUCAUUUAAUAUUUUAUUUUAUUUGUCUAUUUUGUUAAUGUUAUUUUCAAGUUCUUCAAAUGAAAGUCGGGCUUCAGAAACUCAGUUUCAUACCUUGGGUAUCAGUUCCCAGCCCUCGGCUACAGUGUGCAAUUCAAAUAUCCCAGAUGGUAUGAAGAAUAGGCAAUCAUCAGCAGUAAUGGAAGUCGUCCACAGCCACGGUCCAUGUGGUGGCAAUAGUAGUGAAAGAAAAGGAAUAAGUGCAGCCGACAUCCUCCGCAAGGAUCAAUUAAGGGUGGAAUCCAUCAACAAUUGUCGUGGUGGUGGUGCUGGUGCUGUUCGCUUGCCACUCAUCUCUGGCCAUUCCCUAGAUUCGGGCAGCUACAUCGUCACCAUGGGCCUCGGCACCCCACAAAUAAAGCAAAAACUCAUUUUUGACACCGGCAGCGGGUUAACGUGGGCUCAAUGCAAACCAUGCUAUCUGGGCUGCCAUAGGCAGAAAGGCGAAAUAUUCGACCCCCUCAAAUCCACUUCAUACUCCUCCAUCCCAUGCAAUUCCAGUGAUUGCUCUGCCUCUCUCGCGGGUGACGAUGACAGUUCCACCUGCUUCUCUUCCAGCAAAUGCAUCUACUCCUACAAUUACGGUGAUGGAUCAAUGACCAUUGGCUACUUGAGCAAGGACACACUUACAAUUGCAUCCAAGGUGGCAGUCCCAGGUUUCAUGUUUGGCUGUAGCCAAUAUGCUCGGGGCCUUUUCGGACUUGAAUCUGGACUUGUGGGCCUGGACAGAAGCAACGAGUCCCUACUUUCCCAAACUGCUAUCAAAUUUAAGAAAUGUUUCUCCUACUGCUUACCUGCUAGCCUGUCCUCCAAAGGCUUCCUGGCAUUGGGAAAAGAUAAUUACGAUAAUGCCACCAAGUUCACGCCUUUGAUUUUGAAUCCGGAAUUCCCAUCGUACUACUUCGUCGAAUUAAUGUCCAUAGCCGUGGAAGGAAAAAAAUUACGAUUCAACCCAAAGGCUUUUACGAGAUCGGGCGGCGUCCUCGUAGACUCAGGCACAGUGAUAUCUCGUCUCCCGCCGGUUGUGUACAAUUCGUUGAGCAGCAAAAUCAAGGAGGUGAUGAUCAAAGAGUACAACUACCGCACUGCACCAUCAUAUUCUAUACUGGACACUUGUUUUGUUCGCAAGGAAAAAGAUGUUGCUACAUCUGUAUCCUUCACCUUUCAGAAUAACGUGCAGGUUGAUUUGGAUGCUUCCAACACAUUUUAUGCUGUCAACGAAUCUCUAAUAUGUCUCGCUUUCGCUGGGAAUACCGAUUUCACCAUUUUUGGCAACUGGCAGCAAAAGACAUUCGAGCUCGUGUACGAUGUUGCCGGCGAGAGAUUAGGGUUCCGCCCCGGCAUGUGUGCUUGACUGCUUUCCAAAUAUGCUCAUCAUCUCACCUCUCACUUUACUCUUCUAAGGGCUCAUUUCUUUUAUUUGCAACCAUAUAUAAUGUGUCCUCACCUAUUUCCUCUUUUAUUUUUAUUUUUCUUUUCUUUUUAAUUUC